CUGCGGAAAUUGAUGACCCAGACUCAUUCCAGCCACGUCCACGAUCUAGACGUGACUCCUACGGUUGCCUAGCAUGGCAACCAGAGCUGCCAAGUGGAGAAAAUAUGUUGGCACAACGGGAAAAGCAGCAGCAGCUCCUUUGUGAGCAUGCUAAAAUGUACCCCAACAAGCAACUUGUCUGUCGUUUGAUGAUAGAGACGUAUGCAUCUCAAAGACUGACCAUUAAUCACUCAAGGAGUGUGACAGAGGUGAAAAAAAACUGGCCAUUUUUGUUUACUGAGGACUGUCUUCUUGAGCAUUCCAAGGAGCUACUUGGUAGUGAGGUUUGCCAAAGACUUGAUGCUAGCAUGGAAAUUGUUGGGCUUCGUGUAUAUCGCUAUGCUUACAGUCAGAUAAAACGGCCAAAGGUGAAGAAAUGUCUCGAAGAAAUAGAACAAGCAAAGAACCGUCUGAAGAGUGUGACACCAGAGCAUGAAGGUGCGCCUGUUCUCCUCCUUGCCCUGCUUGACGAGGAUGAAGAGCUCAUCUACAAGACCGUUGAGGAGACCGCCCAUGACGAUGACCUAGGAGACAUGCCCUUGACGCCCAUAAUAUGUAUGAAAGGACCGGGUCUUUUUGAGGCAGAAAUGUUCACUGUCUGUGUGGAUGGUGUUGCUCUAUUGACUACUCAGCGGGCCGCAGCUUUCAAAGCCAUGUUUCUUUUAUACUUUGUCCUUAACAUCGAGUAUCCACCUGAAGUGGCUUUGACAUUGGAGUUUGUGCAGAGGGCAAUCGCGGGAAUCAACCCAGAAAGAAGCACAAAGGCACGGCGAACAUCGAAGAAGCAGUAUUGUUUGUCCCCAAAGGUGGCUGCCCUGGCGAAUGCCCUGGAUCAGUACAAGUUCUGAUCUUGUGUUUGAGCUUUAAUAAAAAGUAAAAUUUAGA